UGUCAACCAAUACUCUUGUAGUGUCAUCAGGAUAUCAAGUCAGCCAUGUACUUCCUGUUAUUAAUGGCAGACUUGAUGCACAAAACUGUAAAAGGAUAAAUCUGGGAGGUGCCAGUGUAGCAUGGUACAUGCAGCGAUUGCUACAGUUGAAACAUCCUGCUCAUGUUGCUCAGAUCACAUUAGCAAGAGCGCAGGAGUUGGUUCACGACCAUACCUACAUAUCUAUCGACUAUGAGCCCGAUAUAUUAAAGUGGUCUUCUACUGAUUAUUAUGAUGAUAACGUCAAAAAGAUUCAACUUCCAUUUCACCAG